GUCUUUGUCGUCGCUUUUGCAGCGCUUCCUCGGCCGUACUCGCGCGGCGCGCUUUUUGCGGCUACGCCCAGCGUCCAGUUGCAAGCGCAGCGCCCCUCCAGGCCCUUAGAAAGAGUCUCAGUGCAAGAGCAGCGCCCAGCACUAGUUCAGCCCCACCACGGUAUCCAACGCCCGCACCGGCGCAACAAAAGCCAAUAAAAACGAUGGCGAGCUACGCCGUCGAGGACCGCAGCGUGCGCGCGAUACCCGCAAACGAGCCCGAGGUCACGGGCGACUACGCGGCGCACGUCUCGAAGACGAUGAAGCUCGAGAUCACGCACGCGGACGACGAGACGGUGGAGUUCGACCUGAGCGGCGUGGACGUGUCGUUUGCCAACGCCCUGCGACGCAUCAUGCUGGCGGAGGUGCCGACGAUGGCCAUCGAGACGGUGUACGUCGAGCAGAACGAGGGUGUCGUCCAGGACGAGGUCCUCGCGCACCGGCUGGGGCUCGUGCCCAUCGCGGCGGACCCGCGGGAUUUCGAAGAACUCCUAGAUCCGGAGGACGCGACGGACGCGAACACGAUCGUCUUCGGCUUAGAAGUAAGGGCGCCGCCGAACACGCGGCCGAACCCCAUCCCCUCGGCGCGGAGGGUCGACCGGCUGCCGGGCACACCGUUGCCGCACCAGGACUCCGAUGACGAGGAGGAGGCGCGAAAGCCCGGCGGACAUUUACACACCACCAAAGUCUAUUCCGGGGACCUCAAGUGGCUCCCGCAGGGCGAGCAGGAGGCCUUCCUCGCGGGCCGGCCCGUCAAGCCCGUGCACGACGACAUACUGUUAGCUAAGUUGAGACCGGGCCAGUCCAUUGUGCUCGAGGCGCACGGCCGGAAGGGCAUCGGCCAGGACCACGCGAAGUUCUCUCCGGUAAGUACGGCGGCCUACCGCAUGCGCGCCGUCGUCGAGGUUUCCGACGACGACGUGCCUCCCUAUGUUCCGGUGAAGCGGCCGUCGAUCUUCGACGAGGACGCGUCGCCGGACUGUACCGCUCGUUCUCGACCGCACGCGGCGCACGCCUGCAAGGUCUGCGAGCCGUUGUUAUCGAAGCCGUCCUCCGAAAAUUUCGCCGACAAGGUCCGGCUGACGCGGCGCGGCGACCACUUCCUCUUUCGCGUCGAGACGGCGGGCCAGCUCGCGCCGCUGCGGAUCGUCCGGGACGCCGUCGCGGUGCUGAAGGCGAAGUGCGACCACUGGCGGCGCGAGCUCGAGGUCGCGGGCGGCGGACUCUCGGAGGCGGCCUAAGUUCUAAGCGUCGG